GAGAGAGAGAUGCAGAGAGGGGCGGAGGGGUAGGUAUGAGUAAGUACGUGUUGAAAGACCGGUUGUGGAGUUAGUCCCUCACUAUUUAAAGAGGACCUGGCACUCCUACUGGGAGAGCCACUGAGAGCGCUCUCAGGACACCCCAGCAGACCCCAGCACACCGCAUGGACACAUGGAGAAAUGGAGACCAUGACAGGGGGACAGGAAGACAACUGAUAGAGUAAAUAAACAGAGAGAGAGAGGGAGAGAGAGAGAGAGGAUCAAGUCUCUGCUCCCCUGUACAUGGGCUGCACACACAUUCACAGAGUGAUAGAUAGAUAGAUAGAUAGAUAGAGAGGGAGAAAGAGAGAGAGAGAGAGUGAGAGAGAGGGAGAGCAGCCUCCAGAAGAGUGCUACCAUCCGGCCCGGCUCACUGUCACAGAAGUCGUGUCAUCGCUGGUGGAGUUGUUUAUCAAGUCCAGAGAGAAGAGAGGAGCACAAACAAACAAACAGAAACAAACAAACAAAAACUUCAGCUCGAAUGACAGGGAAGUGAUACAAAACAAACAACAAGCAAGCCAAAAAAGCAAAACAGUAACUUUUUGACAACUCUGUCCUGUUUACUUCUCGAGUGUCCUUUUUCCAUCCUUUUUCUUUGGCUUCCUGCCAUCCCGCUCAUCUCGCCUCGUCUGACCUUUCAAAACUGAGAUGAGCUGGCUGAUCAUCCUCACUUACCUGGCAGUGGACGCGGUUGCCGCGGCGACGGGCUCGGCGCGGCAGCACCAGGUGCAGCACGGGAAGUGCAGCUUCACCUUCGUCCUGCCGGAGGUGGAGGGGUGCGGGGGGGACGCGGCGGCGGCGGCAGGCGUGCCCGCGGCGGGGGACCGGCAGGUGAGCAACGCCCUCCAGAGGGACUCACCCCCGCCUCCCGACCCCCCGCAGAGCUCCCUCUCCAGGCAGGAGCACAAGCUGGAGACCCUGGAGAGCGCCACGGACAACAACACCCAGUGGCUGCAGAAGCUGGAAAACUACAUCCAGGAGAACGUGCGUCUGGAGCUGGAGGACCUGCAGCAGAAGACCCUGCACACACAAGCAGCCACCAUGCUGGAGAUCAGCACCAACCUCCUGAGCCACUCCACCCAGCAGUCACGCAAACUCAUGGACGUGGAGACACAGGUGCUGAACCAGACCAGCCGCAUGGAGAUCCAACUGCUAGAAUACUCGCUCUCCACCAGCCAGCUGGAGAACCAUAUCCUGCUGCAGGCCAACGAGCUGGCCCGCCUCAACGACAAAAACAGACUCCUGGAGCAGCGCUUCGCGGCGAUGGAGGCCCGUCUGGCUGAGGAGCGGAGGGUGGCGCAGCAGGAGAAGAGGCUCCUGCAGACCCUCCUGGAGAAGCACAGCAGGCUGGUGGGGAAACUGGAGGGAGAGCUGGCCACCACUGGACACCACAGGGAGAUCUCUAGUCUCCCUAGAGACGAACCCAUGACCUUCAGAGACUGCGCUGAGAUAUACAAGUCUGGCAUCACAGAGAACGGAGUCUACAGCAUCCGACUGUCCAACACAACUCACACUGUCAAGGUGUUCUGUGACAUGGAGACUCUGGGAGGAGGAUGGACGGUGCUGCAGAAGAGGAACAACGGCUCCGUGGACUUCCAUCGGGGCUGGAAGGACUACAGACAGGGCUUCGGGAGUCUGGCGGGAGAGCACUGGCUAGGGAACAACGCCAUCCACCACCUCACCACCUCUAAGGACUACAGCCUGCUCAUCCGCCUCAGAGACGCAGACGGCAACGAAGCGCACGCACUCUACGAGCACUUCCACAUCAGCGACGAGGAGAAAAACUACAGCUUGCAUGCCCAAGGCUUCAGUGGCACAGCGGGUAAGACCAGCAGCCUCACCCGCACGGGCACCAUGUUCAGCACCAAGGACCGCGACAACGACCUCUGCAGCUGCAAGUGUGCCCAGAUGGCCACCGGAGGAUGGUGGUUUGAAGCCUGCGGACCCUCCAAUCUGAAUGGUAUCUACUCCUCUGGGAUCUCCAAAGUGGCCUACAAUGGCAUCAAAUGGUAUUACUGGAAGGGGCCCAACUUAAGAGCCACUAUGACCUCCAUGUUGGUUCGGCCAGCCGACUUCUGAGAUCUGCCCGUCGAUGUCAUCAACCCGAGACGGGCGCACAGACAUGAUGUCAUGGACAAUUAAGUGCUGCUAUGAAAAUGGCAGGAAACCAAGAGACUCUUCAUUUUUUUGUGUUUGGAUGGCCAAUUUAAGUACACUAUUUUUCAGACUUCGCCAUAGCUGUUGGACAGCCACAUCAUUGGAUUGCUCACCUCACACAUUAUUUGGUUUGUGUUUUUGUACUGAAAGAAGAGGGGCCUAAAAUGUAAACACUUCCUGUCCGUGCAAACAUAUGACACAUGAAAAGACUGAGACUAAGCAUAGAGGACCGGAACUCCAGAGAACUGGAACUCUAGAGGACUGGAACUCUAGAGGACUGGAACUCCAGAGAACUAGAACUCCAGAGGAUUCCGUGCUUAUUGUCCGUUCUUACCAGUGUGACGCUGUUCUUACCUCAUCCUCCACCCAGCCUGAGGCAGAACUUCACCUCCUGCUGUCCGUCCGUCCGUCCGUCCGUCACACACCUGAAUCAGUCGGAAUCUCUCUGGGAAACUACGCUCAUAAAAUGGUUUUAGGAGACAGUAUCCCUGUAAAACUGCAUGAGGUGUUGAAAACAGGUGUAGUUUUUUAUAAGCAUCUCUCUAUUUACCUAGGAAUUAUAAACAUUUAAAUAAAGAAAACCAAAGUUAAAAAAGCA